CAUUCAGGGGGAAGAGUAGGAAUGAUGUCAUUGUUUGUAGUCCGCUAUAGAAGAACAUGGCCGCAGCUUUCAUCCUUUCUCUAUCAUUGUCAAAUACUUAAAUGCUAGUUGAUAGUAGAAUCCCACCAGGUAGGAUUAAGGAAACAAGGCGGUGAAUAUCCUUUAACAGCUGGAUAGCCGGCUGGAUAGAUGCUCAUCAAUCACUCAAAAAUUAGACAUAGACCUAAAACCUGGGGCAACAAGCACAAUGCUACGCUCAGCCUGGAUCUCUGGCUUUAUCGUAUAUUAUGAGAAGACAGCAGAGUAAAGGAGCAGGUGUGGUCUAGAAAUGAAGAGUAAAGAAACACGUAAACGAGGUUUCGACGGACAAACGCUGCACUAAAAGAGAACUGGGGAGGAAGAGCAGAAGAAAUCUACCAGUUUAAUAUCUUCUGAUUACAAUGAUGGCAGCUAAGUCGGAUGGGGUCUUGAAAUUAAAGAGGAGCGAUGUGGCCUUCACGCCGUUGCAGAACUCCGAGCACUCCGGCUCGGUGCAGGGGCUGCACCUGGGACAACAGACCGACUCGGCAUGCACCCUGGACGUGGAUUUUCCGAACGGGGAAUCUCAGUGCUGCGGUCGGGGCGGGUCCAACUCGCCUUGCUUCCGUCUAAGCAGAGAACAGCAAAAAUAUGUGAUAUGGGACUGCUUGUGGAUUGUUGCCGCAGUGUCAGUUUAUCUGGCUGAUGUAGGAACCGACGUGUGGCUUUCAGUCGAUUACUAUCUUCGCCAGGACUAUUGGUGGUUCGGCUUGACGCUUUUUUUUGUGGUGCUGGGUUCGUUUUCGGUCCAGCUGUUUAGUUUUCGAUGGUUCGUCGCUGACUUCAGCACAGAGGACAACGUUGAAUCUGCCGUCGGUUGCCCCCAGUUGGACGGGAGUAAGCUACUGUUGAGCGGCUCGGCCUCUCAAAGCGAUGUUCCCGUUCAGCAGCACCCGACCACACCGCAGAGGCAGAUGUCAACUGCCAGCAAGAACACUGCUAGUAACAGCACCGGCAGUACGGCGAUUGGCAGAAGAGGCACGAAACGGUCGCCCUAUUACUCAGUCUGUGUGUGGUUAUGCCAGUCCAUAAUACACGUUCUCCAGCUGGGUCAGAUAUGGAGGUAAGGUGAUCGGUGUUCUCAGCACAAAUUCUCAGCACAAAUCUUUUUCCCAAGUCGAUAAAUUUUUUGCAGCUUUGUGUCUUAGUUACAUUUUUGUUUAAUAUAUCUGGUUUGCUCGCUUUGAUUUAGCUGGCUUUAGACACAUCCUUGAGAAAGCAGUUUGACAAUUAACAAUUAACAAUUAAUUAGUUUGUACAAAAAUCACAUGUAAAUGUUGUUGGAACUAUCAUGUCAGCCUAAUAUUGAAAAUUAAAAUUAGCUUCUCAGUAGAGUAAGGGAAAACAAUGUCAGUAAAGUAUUAACAAAUCUCUGAGCUUUUUUGCAGUUUUGUAACCAUGGUCACUUACAACUUCUACAGUCGUCUGUUGUUGCCCAAAAUGAUUUCACUCAAACUAUUAAAAAGUUGUGCUUCUUCUAUGUCUACAUAGAAGAAGACUGAGUGCUGUCAGCAGGCCUACCAAGAAAUCUUUAUUAGAUUGCCUUUUUGACAGGGCAAGUGGAGAACUGCUUCUUUCAAAUUAAAAGUCUCAAGCAUAGAUACAUAUUGUCAAAUUUAAGCUUAAAAA